AAGAUCAGAACUCGAGCUGUCAUUAUCGUCCCCUCAGACUGGCUCAGGCAGCACAUGUGCCUCGAUUCCUGCAGGAUAUAAAUGUGUUUCUCAUCUUCGCUGCUUCUUUUUAUUAUUCACUGGUGUUUGUUUACUACAUGCCUCCAUAGCGGAGCCUUUAAUCAGACAGUCCUUGCAGGUGACAGUCCAGUCUGUUCCGCAAGUACUUCUGCCAAACUUCAAUUCAAAGUGCAAUCUUCUAAAUGGCUUGGAAUAUAAUUUCAAAAGUAUUAUUAUUAUUAUUAUUAUUAUUAUUAUUAUUAUUAUUAUUAUUAUAGUACUGAUUGAAGAUUAGAGUGCUAAUAUGAAACAGGUGCGCGCAUCGAUUGCAGCUAAUGAGCUCCCAUUAGCACCGGCCCCUCUUUAUAAACUCAUUGCGCACUAAGGACCCCAAACUCCACUGCGGGCUGGAUUGUUUUUCUUAUUAUUUCUUUGGAACGAGGAAAGCAGUUCCCGGUCGGGUCUGCCUUGGAUUUAAUGAUGCCGUGUUGUCUUAGAUUUGGAAUAACAUUGCUGCUGGCAGUGUUAGCCGCUGAAGUUUGCGCGCAGAACCCCCCUCUAGGCUCGGUGAGGACAGAAUGUCAAGGGAGUGUUAUGAUGAUGAUGUUGGAGAAGUCUUUUGUGGGAAAGUAUUUUCGCAUCAGUGUGAUUGACAAUAAGGGGGUGCUUGUGUCCCUCUCUCCCAGACUGGCCACACAGUGUGGAUACAGCUUAACUGUUGACUUCUUGGGAAAUGCCAAGUUCCUUGCUUCUGUGCUGAGCUGCUUUGCUCAGAACACAAAUGAUGAGAUCUACAAGCUGACAGUACAAAUCAGUGUCUUCUCAAACAGUGCUAUGACUUCAGCUUCCUCCUAUGUUCAGAGCAUGACGUGCCCCUAUUCUCCAUGGGCAGAGAGGGAAAUUAUGUGUGAAAGAAACUACAUGGAGGUUUCUGUGAGAAGAGGUGUGCCCCUUAUUGAGCCAAACUUUGUUCAAGAUGAUCCUGAUUGGUCCCUUGCAUACCCUGAGGCAACUGCUGCUGACAAUAGCAUCUGGAAAGUAGUGUUCCAUCUCCCAGCAAAUAGAAAGCAGGCUAUGACUGUUGCUCAGGCCAUGACAAAUGGCUAUGCCAUAAACACUACACCAACUCGAAUUCUGGUUAGAGCUGCAUACAACGCCACAGAAAGCCAGCGUCAGGUGAUCCAAACUGUACCAAUGGCUGUGCUGAGAUCAACCACCUUUUAUAAGCAAAGAUGGAUGGUCAUGAUGGUGGACACUGCAGUUACAUGUCCUACUGAUGGAACAGCCUUCACAGAAGAGAUGAUCACAUGGAAUGUUCCCCGUGUUCUACCUCCUCUUGUUCCUACACCACAAAUUACUACCCUUGAUGUUCAAAUGGGAGUUGAUGGCCGCAAGCUUGACCCUGCAACAAUUCACAAUAGAGGUUAUAAACUGGAUGUCGGUCCCCAGCUAAUCACUGUAAAAAUUCCUGUGGGUGCUGAUGGUGGAUAUUACAAGAGCCAUGUAUUGGACAACACCUAUGUGAUCUCUUACUCUAUUGAGCCAAUGCUGGAGCAUACCUGGCAAGAUGGGCCUGAGAAGACCAAGUACACAAUACUUCAUCCAAUAACCACUCCUUUCAUGCCUCGGCCACCAGUUGUCACAAACAACACUGUUCCUAAAGACCGAGUGUUCAAUGUGACCCUGGGGACAUUCCUGCCUGAUGUGGAGCUUGUCCAAAUUGUAGUUGGCCCAGAGCCUUUAACUGUGCCAGAAGCCAACCUAAAAGGCUAUAAUGUCCAGGAGCAUGUCUUUCCCAAUGGAUCCAAGACCUUCACUCUCCAGGUGCCAUUUGAGGACCCUAAUGUGAAGCAAAAGGUAACUCCUCCAGACACCAGGACCUACAUUCUGCCCCUGACCUACUUGCUGAAUAUUGUACCAGAGAAUACACCCUUUACUCACCCUGCUGUAGUUGAAGCUGUUCUCAAAGACAUCAUUCCACCUACAGUAACUGGCUACUGUGAUGGUGCUGCAUUCUAUAUCAUGGUAACAUAUGGCAACAUGGGUCGCAACUGGAUUCCUUUUGUGGGCUCAAGAGAACUUGGUGGAAGUCUGCUUGCCCUGUACAAGUAUAAUGCCAACUCUACCAAUUUCUGGAUGGCUGUGCCAUACAAUUCAAUUGAUGCCACAUAUGAAGUGAUCAGCUCUUCAGGCAUCAGAAGCAGGCUUGACUUGACCUUGAAGGAUGUUGCGACCAUGGUUGUGGUGGCUGACUUCUCUCUGUCCUGCAGUUUCCCUACAAAGAUGAUUGAUUGCUUCACCAAUGGAACCAUGGCAGCUCUUGCUGUGAAAGUGGAAUCUGUCCCCAGCUUGUCUCCAAGUCAACUAACUCUAAGGGAUCCUAGUUGCCGGCCUCUCCAGUCUGAUGCUAUCAAUGCAGUCUUCUACUUCAAUGUCAACUCCUGUGGAACAACUAGAAGGUUUGACAACAACCUCCUGACUUAUGAGAAUGAAGUGCUGUUCACAUCUUACCGGCUGAGAGUUGCCUGUCACUAUCUGGUCAAUGACACCAAGGUAGUACAGUUCUUGUACCAGAAUAAUCCUGCACCUGGAGUCCAGCCUGGCUUGGGGGACCUUGAGGUCAUCAUGAGACUUGCAUUGGAUUCAACCUACAAUGACCUCUAUGGAGCGGAGGAUUACCCUGUUGUGAAGUACUUACGAAGACCCUUGUAUUUUGAGGUAGAACUCCUGUACAGCAGGGAUCCACAGGCUGAAUUGUUUUUGGAGAACUGCUGGGCAACCUAUUCUGCUGACAGGACUAGCUCUCCAAAAUGGGAUGUUGUUGUGGACAGCUGUGAGAACUCUGCAGAUGAGUACUUGACCAUCUUUCACCCAGUCUCCAGCAAUGCAAGAGUGCUGUUCCCUUCCCAUCUGAAGAGGUUUGAAGUGAAAAUGUUUUCCUUCACAAGCGGCCAGGAUGCACUGAAAGGACAGAUUUACUUCCACUGCAGUGUUGUGAUAUGUGAUUCAAACCGGCCAUCAGACAGCCUCUGUAGCAGACGGUGCAUUCCAGGAAAACAGAGGCUUGGUCGCAGUGCUGAAGGGAUGGAUGGUGGUGCAGUGAAGGCAUUUGUGUCUUCUGGCCCAAUUGAGCUGAAGAGAGAUGGAUCCCUUCGCUUUAUGCCUAGAAGCGGUAAUGUGAACAAUUGCAGUUCAUGUAAAACUUCAACCUAUUUGUGUAUUCCACUAACUGGUUUCUUUUCUCUUGCAGCCCAAGUCAAUGUGUGGUCUCUUCUGGGAGCUGCAAUGGGGGUGUGUUCAGUGGCUGUCUUUGUAGCUGGAGUUGUAUCUCUUUGGAAAAUGCCAAAAAGUGUAAAUUGAUGAAUAAAAAUGUUGCUUUAUAAAGGUUGUUUUGGAUUGUAUUUUUGGUAGGUGCUUCAACCAAUUGUAUAUUGACAGAAAUGGGAUUCUCUCCCCUUUCUGCAUUGUAUCUGUUUCUUUCAAGAUUU